CGCUCUAUGUUCGUGCAGGAGCUGCCAACAUGGAAGGUAAAGAGGAUACCUACCACUGGGCAUUAUCGGUAGGGCCCAAGAGCGACAAUAACGAUGCUAGAGGCGUACGAUAUCACGCCCGAGAUCGUGCAACUCAAGAAGCAGACUCUGCCUGGGCUUUUGAAGAAGCAAAAACAUCUAUGACUCCCACA